CAGGUUCGGCUUACGUCUAGCUUCAGCGUCACAUGCCUUGACCACCACGGCCGAAUCCUGAAAUAUACCUCAGUAUUCUUCACCAGACGAAGCCAAAGUUCCAAGACACAAGCAAACAUGGGGGGUGGAAGCAGAAGAGGAAGAUCCAAUAGCAGCGGCAAGGGCAAUAACAAGUACAGAAACCACAGAAGAGGAUCGGCCUCGUUCGGUAAAGCUGACCUCUUCGUCGAUGGUGGGUUUUUAUCUGAUUGGCAGCUUCAUUCAACUUCGUCGCCCUCCAACCGCAAUCCAGGUAAAAAUGCUAGCUCAAAUAAAAAAUCUGGCUCAAAAUUUGGAAAUGUUGAUAGACCAGAGGCCACUGCGUCUAGAAGCAGAUAUGGGAUACCUUCGGGAUCUGCUGUUCGAUACAUUUAUCCUUCGGUUGAUUUACAGGAGGUAUCAUGCACUGGGAACAACGGUGAAGAUAUUGACUUAAAUCAUUUACAGCCUUUGGAUUUGACGGAUUUUAAACGCAAUAAUGUCGUUGCUCAUAUAGACCAAACACCUCCUUCAAAAGCCAAUGAUGUGGAAUAUACUUAUAGUUAUGGUGCGGAAUUCGUUUUAGGUGAUUGCUCUCACGGGGGAUUGGGGUUCUCUGAAGGAAAAGAUGAAACCCCUAGUGAUAUUGGGGCACCUACUGAACAGACUGAGCCCCAAUCAACUUCAGUUUUGGACUCAUUGAUCCCUGAGAAGGAUAUUCACUCUAAUGAGGAUAUCGACUGUGAGCUAAGCAAUCACAUGACAGAAGGCUCACCAUCUAAGAUGCCCUUUGUGAGAAAUUCUGGUUUCCUCUCCAUUGGAGGUCUUAAAUUAUAUACUGAGGACAUCUCAGAUGAUGAAAGUGAUGAAGAUAGUAAUGCUGAGUCUCAGGAUGAAGAAUGCCCGAAAUAUUAUGAUUCAGAAGAACUAGAUAAGUCAACUAAUAGCAGUAGUUCUGAGGACACAUCUGAUAGUGAUUCAGACAUUGAUGACGAGGUUGCUGAAGAUUAUUUAGAAGGAGUUGGUGGUAGUGAUCACAUCAUAGAUGCAAAAUGGUUGCUAGAACCGGGUUUGGAUGUUUCAGAUGAUGGAAGUUCUUCUAGCAGUUGCUAUGAUGAAGCUUUGGAGAAGUUGGGUGGAAUGGCCCUUCAGCAAGCUUCCGUGGAAUAUGGCAUGAAGAAAUCUCAUCCAUGGAAGAAAUGUUCUGCUGAUUAUAGGUCUCAAGGGUCUAGCACUAUUUCUUUUGGAAAGAAGCAUGUUGCUAGGUUUCCUCAUUCAUGGCCUUCACAGGGUCAAAAGAGUAAAUACUCCAAAAAAAUUCAUGGUGAAAAGAAAAGGCUUCGUAAAGAAAGAAUUGCUGGCAAACGCAAAGCAAGAAUGCUACGUCGUGGGGUUGAUCUUGGCCAAAUCAACUUGAAACUAGAAGAAAUAGUUGCGGAGGAAGUAGAUAUGUUUUCUUUUGAGCCUAUGCAUUCUCGGGAUUGUUCACAGGUGCAACGCUUAGCUGUGAUUUAUAGCUUGCUUAGUAGCUGCCAAGGUUCUGGGAAAAAGAGAUUUGUGACAGUAAUGCGAACAGAGUCCACAUCCAUGCCAUCUUCUAGUGGUAGACAACGGUUGGAAAAGUUGAUAGGAGCUGAUGAAGAGGAUGCGGACUUCUCUGUGAUUGACUUUAUGAAUGAAAAGUCAGUGAGUGGAAAUAGAAAAGUGGGAAAGAGAAGUUCGAAGAGAAAUGUCUCAAGCCCGCUGGAGUUGACUUCAAAGCAUCCAGCCAGCCAAGCCAACAGCAAAAUGAAAGACAAUAAAAGGAGUGGACGAAAAGUUUCAUACGCAAGUCAACCUGUGUCAUUUGUAUCAAGUGGUGUUAUAAAUUCAGAAACCGUGCAGAUUACAGCUGCAGAUUCUGAAGAGACUGACAACUCUAAAAAGGCCAUUACUAACUCUGCUAAUAUAGGUUCAUUUGAGGUGCACACCACUGGUUUUGGAUCGAGAAUGAUGGCUAAAAUGGGAUACUUGGAAGGAGGAGGUUUGGGGAAACAUGGUCAAGGUGUAGCAGAACCCAUUAAGGUUAUCCAACGACCCAAAUCGCUAGGUCUAGGAGUGGAAUUCUCCGGCAACCCUGCUGAGCCAGCAAGGAACAAGGCUUCAACCUCAAGCAUUGGCGCUUUUGAAAAGCAUACCAAGGGCUUUGGAUCAAAGAUGAUGGCUAAGAUGGGUUUUGUUGAAGGCAUGGGAUUAGGCAAAGAAUCACAAGGUAUCACUACCCCAUUGGCUGCUGUCAGGCGUCCUAAGUCCCAAGGACUGGGGGCCAAAGGCAAGUAGAUUUGCAAUGCCAAAUUAAAUGAUGGAGCCAACUCUUAUUCUAGAUCUAUUUACAAUUAUGCACUAGAUAUAACUCGUUAGGUCUACCUUUAGCUUAUUUUGUCAUGAUCAUCACAUUUGGAAUCAUUAUAUUCAAUUUCUCUCAUUUUUUUAAUUUCUUGUUUAAGAAAUGAUAACAUAGUUAUCACGUCUUGUAAUUGUGCUUCA